AUAGGUAGGUACUAGGUACUAGAUGGUUGGUACCUACUACUUAGGGAAUGGAUAGUUUAGUUUUUUUUCUAGUUUUCUUCCCGAGCUUUUCCAGAAUUGUGUGUAAUAAUGAAUUUAUUGAUAAUAUGUCACAAAUAUCGCAGUGUUAAAAAUCGGCGUCUCUUUGUAAGAAAAUAGAAUAUGAUAUCUCAAUAUGAGUUCAACUUCAGCAGUGGUGUGCCGUGAAAUAUUUGACGAAAACAGUCAACCAUCUGCUGAAGAAGUUUCGGAAUAUGCCCAACAACUGGGAAUCGAUCCAGAGAGCGAGAGCCACCUGUUACCACUCGCUAAAGAUGGCCUCAUGCAGGCUCUACCAACACCAUGGAAAGCAUAUUAUGAUGAAAAAUUGGGCACCCACUAUUAUUACAAUGAAGAAAAUAAGAAGACUCAAUGGGAGCAUCCUCUAGACAAUGUUUACCGCGAGCUGGUGAAGCGGGCGCGCGACGCGUCCGUGCUGGAUGACACAUGUGCUUCUGUUCAGGAACUGCUCACAUCGGAAGAGAACACCAAACAUUUGGAACGAGUGGAGACCAAAGUGGAAAGUGAUGAUGAUGACCUCACCACCGAUAGUGAGAACCAGACGGAUGUUAAGGAUAAUGUGUCUACCACUUUAGUGCCUGGACUCAAGCGACUAACACCAUUGGGGCGACCGCCGCUUGCGCCUUUAGCAAGACUGGAUAAAAAGCUAAACGAUUUACGAAUAUCACCCUUAAGACGGAGCGCCGACAGUCCACUAUCGAACAAACUGCUCAUUAGGAAUAUAUCAGAUAGAGAUUUGCUCAGUCGUCAGAAUUUCGAAAGGCCCAAAAUGUUGUUUAAGCAACAGUCCGAGAUUAUUGACCUGAAGAUGCAUGUGUUGAAUAGUCCGGAUGACGAGAAUUUCAGUCCUUUGUUGGCUGCAGCUAAAGUUGAGAAAGGACUACCGUUGACAGGCAAAGGCAGUAUGUUCCUCCGUGUCAGCAAAUCAGACUUGCCCAGUCCGGACACAGACAAAUCCCUCCCAUUAGACUCUAUGACCAAGAGUGAUCCUCCCAAAGGGAUCCUGAGGGAGAAAGAUGUAGUGAGAAGAGUGGAUAAUGUAAAGCAGAAAGUUUCCAGCUUUGAUGAGGAUAGGAAGAGUGUUAGGUUCAAGCUAGAAAAUCUCCCAGAAAUGACAAUAAGCCCGGGCUCCAACUCAUCAUCGGAACAGAACGACGGUCAAAGUUCCAUCAUCAGUGCGGCCCCCUCGUCCCCCGCCGUCCCCUCACCCCCUGUGCCUUCUAACCCCCUCGCCAACCCCUCUAUAAUAUUGUCCCCUUUGGUCACAAGACCUCCAUUACCUCCGAGACCUGUUGUGGAAAGUCCGAGGGAGAAAAGUGUGUCGGUUUCGGAUAAAGAGUCUAUAGACAGUGAAUCUCGCGAGAGUCGCGGCGCUUCGCCCCGGCGUCGGGUGCUCCGCCCCCCGGCCGCUGACUACAUCAAGCCGGACCUGUUUCAGAAGAACUUCCACAAGAUAUCUGAUCUCGUACGUCCCGGGGACAUUGAGACUAGUCCGGUAAAUUUAGAAAAACCUGAGGAUAAGGAUACUAGACCUAGGUCACCAAUGAUUCCUCAAAAGAACAAAAUAUCAAUAAACCUAAUGGAAAGCAUUGAAUCUGAAACGUCCAUUGAUUCUCCUGAUAGGGAAUUUGCGAAUUUAGACCUUAACGACCUCGACGAAUCGAACGAAAUCAAAACCAAAGAUAGUGUAAAUGACGUUAUUGAAGAAAAAGAUAAAGAAGAAAUAAAAGAAAUUGAAAAAUCCGAUUCCGAAAACUCAGAUCAAUCAACAAAUUCCAAAGCGUCAGUAUCUACUCACAACGUGAAACCAGAAAUAAUCAUACCUCAAAUUAAAGUUCCUAAUUUAGAUUUUUCAAAAAAAUCGCUCCAAUCUGAUCCGGAGGGACUGAAAACUCCAAAAGACGAGUCUAAACCUACUAUCGAAGUUCCAAAAGAGAAGAAUAUACUACGAAUUUCUCCAACACCAAGUUACACAUCAGACUUACGUUCUCCCAGAGAUUUCGGAAAACCAUGGAGUCCAUUAUCCUCGUUUAAACCGCUAAAUAAGGCUGUGAUAGCUCCUCAAAUUAAAUCUUCAGAAUCGGCCACAAGUUUAGCUAAAAAUUUGACUAGUCCUAGAUUAGAUGGCGUUAUAAUAUCUCAAGGUAAAUCUAGUUCUGAUAAUGUGGUUGUUGUUUAUCAAUUUGAGACUCAGGAAGAGAAUAAAAUGGUAAAGAGUCCUUUGAUUCCUGAUAUGGGAACACGAGAUAUGAUGGAAAGAAAUAAAGGCGAUGAAAGGAGAAGAUUGGAGUUGGCUUUGCAGAAAGAGUUGGAAGGGAUAAGGAUGGAGUGGGCGAGUAGAGAGAGGAGAUUGAGGGGGGAGUUGCAAGAAGAGUUAAAAGAAGCCGAAGAGAGAUUUUUGGCUGAGAAGAGAUUGAGAUUGACUGAGCAGGUGGAGAGACACCGAAAAGACAUGGAAGAGACUUUGAAAUCAGCCGAAGAAAACCACCAAAAGUUCCUUCAGAAAUCUCUGAAAGAAAUAGAAGAGCGAUAUCGUCGCGAAUCGGAAGAAGCAGAGAGACAGCACGCAGAGAAUAUGACAAGAGUAAGAGAGGAAUAUAGAGCGAGAUUAACUGAACAAAUACAGCAGUUGGAGAUUGAAAACGAGCGCUCACUAUCGGACGCUCGCGAACAAUUCCAAGCGACCUGGAAUCUCGAGCGAGCGCGAAUGAUAGACGAACACCACGCGAACGUGGAUUCGCUUCGGGAAGAGCAUUCUGCCAGGUUGAAUGACCUCAAACAUGAUUACAGGGCUGAGGUGGAACACCUAAGAACCCAACACGCUUGCCAUUUAGAAGAGCUCCGAGCUAGAUUGGCCAAUGAACGAGCGGCUUCGGGAAAGAACCAAGAAGACAGAGAAUUGGCUGACAAAUAUCGUUGUUUGAAGCAAAAGUACGCGAGGUUGAAACAUGAUGUCAAGAUGUCUAUAGAGCGACGUAAUAAAAGGCGUGAAAUGAGCAUGACCACAGGUUCAGAAACGGAAAAAUCUAACUCUCACAAAGCAACACAAUCUUUAGAAAGUGAUUUCAGAUGUAAAGAAGCGAACGAAACAUCAGUAAGCGCUACAGUCGAACCACCACCAAUCAGAGUUCGUGCUAACAACAAUCAGAGUGAGCACGAAUAUUAUGAAAGUGCCAACAAAUACAACAACAACAACGACGAUUGGAAGUUGGGGAGGGCCAAUACUGUACCGUCGGCGGAUACAUCGCAAACGUCGGCAGUGAAGCACAGGAAAACAACAGUUGCUUUCAGAGAACCGGAGAGAAGACGAGCAAGGGACACACGCAGGGACACAGGUGCUACAACAGACUGCCAAGAUUCAUCGGACGCCACAACAGCUGACGAAAAACCGAAAGAAAGUAUAAAUGGAAAUGGUAGAAGAAGAUGUUUUACGAGAUUAAAAUCAGCCUCAACGUCACGUCUCAACUAUUCUCCCAAACGGGGCGACGGUUGGUCCAGUCCUUUAGAAUCUCUAAGACAACAGUUACGAAAAUUGGACGAUUUGGAGGAUCAGUUUCCGGACUUAGCGUGCCAGCAGGCGUACAGUUUGAGAUAUCCAUUUGGAGAGAUUGACGGAGUGCCGACAGCGGAUCCCCCCGAGCUAGAGUUCGUGCGUCACCGCGCGCUCGUAGAGCGGGAGGGCAUGAGGCGCGCGCGCGCCGCUCUCAAGACGCGCAGAGCGGCGCUCAAGACCAGGGACACGCUGGCCGCUCACACCGCGCCCGAGGAGGAACGCGAAGCCACAGAGCUAGAGGUGGCGUUACACCGAGCGCGAGCGUUACUCGGCGAGAAAGAGAUACGUCUGAGGCACAUCGAGAGGGCUUUGCGCCGAUUGGCUGAUUCUCACCCCCCACCUAUACAGGCCAUCUGCCCACAAGAAACCACAAGUGACGCGUCUUCAGGCAGCGAGGCGGCGGGGGAGGCGGAGGCGGGCGGGGCGGUGUUGCGGUCACUUCGCGCUUUACACGCUGACGUCAGAGAUAUAUGGCGCGCUUUGGAUGCUAGGAGACCAAGAACAGUAUCGCCGGAAACCAGCUCUUACAACGCAGCCUCCACAUCGCAAACUAGAAUGACAUUGUCUGCGCCUGAAACGACAAUACAGGAUAAUUCUGACGGCGGAGUGGCGGAACGGGCGAGAGGAUUGCGUGCCUGGCUUCAAACAGCGCCCUAAAUAUGUGAUUUUGGUUGAGAAAUGCUAGUAUGUUGAAAAAAAAGAUAUAAAAACAUUAUUUAACUAACCCAUUAUUUUACUCAUUUGGCCGUUUUCUCAGUUCCUUCUUUAGCCAUAGAGCGUGGGAACCCCUGACCCCAUAUACAUGUACAAGUACGCUGGACCUAUGAUUAGCCGAGCCAUAGUGAGACGAUUUGAUUUUCGCCAUUUUAGCGCUGGUCAUAGAAGUAAGUGGGAAUGGAACUAAUGAUAGAGAUGAGACAAUGAGAUAAAAUAAAUAUAAUACAUAAUUUAAAUGUUCUGUACACAAAAAAAUAGCAUAUGCAAUAUACUUUCAACAUAAUAGCAUUAACUUAAACAAUGGCUAAAAAAAUCAAAUCGAUUCCUUAAAAUAAAGGUUACUAUUUCAAGCAUUUCGGGCCAAAUUAAAUUGAGCUCUGGAGAAAAUAUUACCUCAUGUUCAUAAAAAUGUUUCAACCUACUUUGAAGUGUGUUUUGUCUCGUUCUGUCAAUGUCAAAUAUUGUAAUGUGCGAUAGUGACAAAACAUAGUUUAGCUUGUAGUAAUGCUUUUACUUUUUUAUGAGUACGAGGAUCGAGGAUUUAAAUCUUGAAAACACAAGUUAUACGCAAUACGUAAUCACUUAUAAUCGAUAAUAAUUCUUUGUAAGUCGAGUCGCACAAAUAUUCCUUUUAAGAUUUCGAUGUGAUCAUAUCUUGUUAUUAAUUAGUGUACUUGGAAAUUACUGAAACUGUAUGGAACUGUGGCUGAUGUGUGUGAUAUAUUACUACUAUAGAUAUUAUACUUGUGUACCAGAUUUCAGCGUAAAUUUUUUAGUAGACUUCGCGUGAUUUAGGAAAAAUAUGAUCAGUACGGUGAUGUGGCCUUAAUUAUAUAGUUUCAGUAAAUUUUUAUUACACCUCUUAUUAAAAUAUUUGCUGUGCUAGUUAGUUUAUGUUAGCUUUCUCUCGAAGUGCAUUUAUUAUCUAAUUAAUUAUAAUUAUUACGACAAAUUGUGCGUACAAAUCUAAUUUAGUUAAAGAGGACAAUACGAAAAAUUAAUUUAUAAAAUAUAGGUUGCUUGGUUUAGAUAUGUCUUAGGAAAUCAAGUAAUUAUGACUUGAUUAUAUUUGUUUUCUGAAUUUUCGGCUAUACGCCAGACUAAAAUUCGCUCAGUCUUUCUACAAAACGCACAUCAAAAUUAGAUUUAUAAUUUUAUUAAAGAUUUUUUAGCUCUAGUUAAUAUUUCUAGUCAAUUUCUACAAAAUCGCCCUUUUUUCGUGGUUAUAUGUGAAAGAGAUGGCGAAUGAAUAGGCACCAUUGCCUUAUUCCGUACAUUCCUAGGAUUAAGAAUUUCCAAGUUUAUGUUGUGAUGAUAUUAUAUUUAUACUUAGUACCUUUUUUACAUUACUAUUAUUUAAAAUGUUGCACCACUGUACACUUUUGGCCUCGAAAAAGUAUACACUAGUGUAUUUUAUUAGGAAUAUAAUGAAAUUUGAAUUGAAGUGGUCGGCAACAUUGCAUUUAUUGUGAAACUUAUGUGUGAUCAAAUAAUACUUUUAAGAUCCCAGGUCAUCUUCACACUGGCGCCAUUAAAUAUAAUUUUGAAUUGACAAUGACACUGAUUAAACGCAUGUCUUGUUGUGAUAUUUAUGUCGAAAGUUCGGUUUUGACAAAAGAAACAAAUCCGAUUACAAUUUUCGUUUUAUUUUUCAUUAAAUAAAAUUAAAAUAUGUUUAUAAAGAUGGCGCUAGUGUUCUUGUGCCUGUCCCUUGUGCUUUUCGUAUAUUAGCCAAAUAGAUUAGUAGAUAUUAGAUACUUCUAGUCAGAUAACACUCAUAGUGUUAGUUAAGGCAUGAAAAGUGCUAAGUAAAGUGAAGUUUUGUCAAACUUUAAUAUAUAAUAUUAUAAUUAAUAAUUAUCUUCUUGCUCACCAUUGACAGGAUACAGCGGCCAACUGUUUAGUGUAACAUGAAAUAUAGUUCAUCCCUUAUUUAUUAAAAAUUUUACCUUAUUCGAGGCCAAGUAAAAAUAAAUACUUUAUUCUAUUCAAACUUCUUUCGAUCAUAUUUAUUAUUAACUAGUUGUUGCUCGCAGCUCCGUUCGCGGUAUCCUAUGGUUUACCUCUGGUCAUUAACUAUUUCUAUUCCUAGUUUCAUCAGGUGGUUCACACGUGAAAGCGUGACACAUCUUAGUAUGGAUAUGUGUCAAAAUUUGACUGACCUGAAUUUAUGCAGUCAAAGUUCGUAAAAUAAUUUUAUAUAUUAGAAUAAUUCGAAACUACCCCCCCCCCCCCCCCCCCCUGUACUCUAUAGGUAGUUAAUUUACAGAUUUAUUUUUCAUACAAACCUGGUUCAAAUUUAAUAUAUAACUAUUUUGAGUGCAUUUUUCCUUGGCCUCAUUUGUAAAACUCUGUCAGUAGGCGUUGUUAAAUAUCUCGCUAUGCGGGUAGACUGAUAUAACGAUGCGUGUAAUCGAUGCAACGAUUCACUGUCUGUUUUUAUAGUCCAUAAAAAACGCGACUACUUGCCACAGAUGUCGCUAGGUAGCCGUAAAAGUCAUGUCAGAUGUCCUUAGGCGAUUUGCUGACAUAAAACAUUAUCGAAGCGUUGAAAGGUUAAUAGUAUCUAAAUGCGAUACCCGGGAAUAUUGUUAAAGUCGCUAUUAAUAAUCUUUUAGUUUUUUCCAAAGAUUGACUGAUAGACAAUGCUUUUAGCAUUAACUCUGCCCUUAAAAUUUGAUUAAAUAAAUAAAGCUCUUUCUUCACAGUCGUAUUGGCCUCAGCCAAUCAGACCACGACCCUCAGGUCGUGGUCUUUACGUGGAAUGAAACACUCUCUACAACUUUCUUGGCACUAAUUAAUGGAGUGGUUAGGUUACAAGUUAUAAUCAACCAGAGUGUAGGUCACGAUGUCGGAAGCAAGUGGUGGUCGAUGAAAACUAAUAUAAAUGACUGAGAUUGGUAUACAGACUCAUGUGGCACGAGCAGCAUUCGAACCUGGGACUUUUCAGUUCUUUCAGUCUUAACAAUUAAACCACCAUCGCUUCAAGUGAUUUUUCAAAACAAGUGAUUUUCAUUAUUGUUUCACAAUACAUAAACAGUGUUAAUUAUAAAUUUGUGUAAUCGUUGUAUCGACGGAUGAUAAGGCACUGUGAUAAUAAAGUUUAGAUGUCAUAUGUCAUCUCAUUUCAAAAUAUUUUAAAGUUAAUUCAUAAAUUUUACAUUUGAUGCAGGGAGCGUUUUUAGUUCACUCAUUUUACUAGUGAAACGAUGGAUCUGGUAUAAAUUUUUGUGAUUCCAAUUAAUGGUAAUCUUAUUUGUCCAUAUUUAUUAUAUCCUAUACACUAUCGCGGUACAGUUUGAUGAACUUUGUGUAUCCGAUAUAUAUUGUUGGAUUUUCACUGUGGUAAAUACAGAUCUCUUACAUAUUACGCAAUGUUACGCAAGCAUUCGCGUCGAUAUCUGUCCAAGUUCGGCGAUAGUGUGUAGUCGGCGUUACUGUCAAAGUUGAAACAUUCCUUUAAAUCGAAUCUAUAAAAGUAUUCACAAAUCUCAUUGAGUCACACGUUUUUUUUUUAAUAUUAAAAAAUAAGAAAUGACGUCCAAAAAUAGUUUUAUUAUUUACAAUCAUAGUACCACAUGUUUAUUGAAAUAAAUAUUGAAUCGAUAAUUUUAAAACUGCACAUUGUAACUAUUGCAUUCAAAUUUAAAUAUUGACACAAAUGUAAGUUUACUUUAAGUAAAUCAUGACAUGAAUUUCAAUUAUUUUAAAAUGUAUCUAUGUAACAUUUAUAAUAGUCAUUUAACAUAAAAUGUUAAAACAAUAAAUUGUACUAAAUAACAAGCCAAAUAAAAUUGUAAAUUAAAAUAAAGGCUAUCGUUACACUAUUAUUUAUCAUGUAAUUUGAAAACCUUACUCUGGUAAUGUAGAAUCUUAAUUUUUAAAUAAUUUAUUUACAGUUUUGACUUUGUAUAUGUAGGACUAUAGUAUUCUCCCAUAUCUUUCUUUACGUUAAUGUUUAAACAAAAACAGUUGAGUUAGACUUUUUAAUAGUUUCGGGUGCGUUUGACCUCAAUAGAGCCUUAGCAAAGAUGAGGUCAGGGUGCUUAAGAACUACCAGUUCACUUGAUUUUUCUUACUUUUCAAUCUGUCUCAUACAUUAUUUUCAAUAAUGAGCAUUAAAAAACGUAAUAGGUACAGUACUCAAAUUCAUUGCGAAUUCGCCCCAAUUACCGCGGUAUAAAGAUCAAUUAAGUAACUUGAUUUGCGGUCAACUGUAAUAAUUUAAUAGUGUAACAAUAGUAUUGUCAACGGUCGUUCAUAACGAUUUCUGCAAAUAAAAGCAACUAAAAUAAA